AUGUGGAGGGGGAUUUAUUUCAGCAUAAUUACAGAGAAACACGACAAAUACAUUGACAGGUCAGACGGUUUCUUCUCCAAGAAACUGGUUCAGACCUCUCAAGCGAACCGGUGGUUCAGAAACGGACGAGUCGCUGUGUUUGACAACACCGCUGCUCUCAGGUUUAUUGUCUUCAUUUCUGCAUUGAUGACAGAAGACUCUGGAUUGUACUUCUGUGGGGUGGAUGUUAAACUGCAGGUUGAUCCUGUUUCUGAAAUACAAAUAACCGUCAGGAAAGGUGAAAGCCAGAGACCCACAACACCACAGAAAGUGGUUAUCAGCAGCUUGCAGAGUCCUGCAACUAUCACUGUACAGAAUCAGGCUAAUAACAAAAAUCAGGAAUCUCACCUCAGGUUUGUGGCGGUGCUGUGUCUGGUGUGUGUGUGCGCACUUUUGUGUGUGUGUCCUUUUCUCCUGUCUAAAGUUUUAAAACGAGUCGGCGCUGGUAAGCUGUCAGUUUCAGUGUCUUAUCACACUAGAAAGAUCUCAGGGCAGGUCGUGGAUGAAUAUGUGACGAUGAGCCCAGUUGUCCUUUCAAACUGCUUACAAACAUCUCACAGUGAUGGACGUUCUGCUGUAAAUGACGUGAACACAUCCACACAGAACACAGAAGCAGUCGCUGACGUAGAUCUAGACCGCACAGAUGCUGUUCCUGCAUUAACUCAAGGUCUGGAUGUAGAUCAGAUCUAAACAAAAACUGAUAUGCACCCUUUUCAAGAGUCAAUCUAUCAGGAUGUUGAUCACAUGUCUGACUGACUACAGGAUCUUCAUUAACAGCCAAUGCAAAUUCUUAUUUAAUUUUCAGUUUACGUUUACAUUUAUUCAUUUAGCAGAUGCUUUUAUCCAAAGCAUUUUCAUUUGAGAGCCAACAAUAAGCACACAAAGUGAGAGGAAAGGGCUUUGUUAAAUAAUGUUGAACAAUCUGAGCAAACUUUACUCUUCUCUACUAGAACAGUUUAUAGUGGUUUCAUUUAUCUGAACCAAAUUUGAAUGGUCGUCCUGAAUAAACUUCCAUAAUUAAUAAAGUGUUUAAAUUACUUUCUUAAAAUCCAUUUCACAAACUGAAACUGAAGAUUUACGACAGCAUUUACUGUUUUAAGAUUAUAAAGGGGGCGUCUUCACAACACUGUUUUUAACUAAAUGGCCUGUGGGCCAGCCCUCUUCAGCCGGCGGAGGGGGCGGGACUUUAUGUACUGAUAAUUCAAGACACCUGUUAAGAACUUUAAAAGGUGGAGCUUCCUGAAGAAUGGGGCUUAUUUUGUCUGUUACCCCUUUGUUAGGCCCUUUGCUUUGUUUUAGAUUGUCCCUUAGUUUCGUUUAUGGAUUUAAAUUCAUGCAUUUGGCAGAUGCUUUUAUCCAAAGCCACUCACAUUGCAUAAUAAUAUACAUUUUGUGCAAUCCCUGGGAUCGAACCCAUGACCAUGGCGUUGCUAGCACCAUGCUAUAACCACUGAGCUAUAGGAAAGCUUUACUUAUGUGCUUGCUUAUUUUUGGUUUCUGAUAAUUAUGUCCUUUAUUUAUCUUAUUUCGAAUGGAACCUUUUUUAUUUAAUUAUGUCCUUUAAUGUUUAUUUCGUAAAUAAAUAUUUUCUGCUUUAA